AUGUGCACGGCUGUACUGAUGUUAUCCUUUGCACCUGUUUCUUUCCUUUUUUUUUCCUUUGGGUUUGUUCUGGCGCUUGCCACUCCCACGCUCGUUUCGCAAUUGGGGGCGGCAGUUCCCCUUGCCGCGUGUCCAGCGACGCGGCGGGGGAUGCGGGCGGGAGAGCACCUUCCCGUGACGGAGCGCUCCUUCGACGUUCUUAUCCGUCAGUACGAGAUUGAGGCGGCGGCGGCUCGUGCGGACGCCGCCGCGAGAGGAGAAAAUGGCACCGAAAGUGGCGGGGAGUUGGCGCUGCUGGCACAGCACAUUGAGGAGCUCGCCACGGACGCAAGGCGGCUGCGGCGCAAACUGCAGGCCUGCGGCAGCGGUGCAGCGGCGGCACCGAAUUGGUCAGCGGAAGAUGUGGCUAACCUGCGUCUAUUGGGGUUUGAUGUGAGCGGCAUCAAUGCGGCCGCGGCGGAACAGAGCUGCGUGAGUGCACGCAGUACCCCCACGGGGCAGCACCCCCAGAUUCCCAACCUGGACAAGUUGCUCGCGAUGGAAAAGAAAAUGCAGGAGCUGCAGACAAAAGUAGACGAUUUGACUGCCGUGAAUGCGGCACUGCGUCAGAUGCUGCCGAGGCAGCAUCGCACGGGAGGUCAGUCUCAAGGGGAAGAGCAUGACGUUUCCGAUGCAUUAGCGGCCCUUACGGAGGGAUUUAGAGCCCUGAAGGACGCAUACACGAGGAACCGUAAUGGACAUUGCAUAUCGCAGGAGAUGCAGGAGGAGCCGACCUUGGCAUCUCAUGACAUUCACCCCGAGAGCCAUAGAAAAGGCAACACGGCUGCGGAUUUGCCAGAGUACUCAUCUCAAAGUGUUGAGGAUGCCCUUUGCACCCUGCGCGCCGUGAGCGCCUGUCGGCGUGUGCGAUACUGUGCUACGGGAGAUGCCUCUGGCAAGCUCGAUGCUGUUGACGCAGCUGUGGUUCAACUGCUCAAUGAUAUUGGUUUUCCGUUUCCUGUGCCAAUCCAGCGGCUUGGCGCGAGGGGAGACUACUUUAUUGACCGCCGCGUAGAGAUCAAACUUGUGGGGCGGCAGCUGGUGGUACGGCCGUGGCUCGCCCCAGGCGCUCAUCCGGGGGCGUGCGCCGACGGCACGCGCCGGCCACGCUACGAGCACCUGGCGAAGUAUCUUAUCCACCUCUACUCGCCCGCCCUGGAUUUGGAGAGAGUCGCAGCCGGUGAAAGAAGCGAUGUGGGGGAGGAAGACGCCGCCGGAGGAGAUCGCAGGAAGGACGUUGUUGCGACGCUUAAGCGACAGCAGCAGGAGCUGCAGCUGGCGCUGGAGAAGCGGCAUGCGCAGCUGUAUGCGUAUCAGAGACGGCUGGAGGCGGGGCUUUCUCCGUCACCGAAUGCGAGCCCAUUGAGAGACGCCGUAUCGGACUCUUCUGCGGAGGCGUUAGCUGAACCGGGAGCUGAAAUGAACCAGGAAGCCAGCUCCUACCCACAGCCCCGUCCGUCUGCGGGAGCGAAUGGGCGAGUUGCCCACAUACUUCGUUUAAUGGAGGAGCACGGACGUGUUCCUGACCUUUCGCGGCUUUCCGAGUUAGAGCUGCAAAGUCUUAAACAUGUGACCUUGCAGCGGCAGAUGCAGCCACGCAAAUAG